GUACCGGAAUUCCAGAAAACUUUGCUUCAAAUAUUGGUUCAGAAUCUACAAAAUAUAAUAUUCCAAGUAUCAAUUCAAUUAUUGGUACCAUCAGUGUAAUUGGUACGGCUGGUAUGGGCGCGUACCAACUAACUAGAGUUAUCCGAGAUGAGGUGCACGUAGCGACAAAGGCUGUCGAAACAAAAAUUGAAUCAGAAAUUAAAAAUCUCGAAACAAAACUUGAAACAAAAGUCGAAUCAGAAAUCAGUAAGGUCGGAUUAGAAAUCAAGAAUAUCAACAAUAAAAUUGACAAAAUCGAAAGCCAAAUUUACCAAGUUUCUGAAACUUUAGGUUAUUUGAAAGCCUCUUUGAAUAUACCAAAGAAAUGA